AAGGUGGUUGUUGUCUGAGCAGAAGCAGGUUGGGAGCUGGGGGUCGGGCCUGGCCGUCGUUGUCUGUCGCUGUGGCCCCGCUUCCGGGCUAGGCCGUCCCUGCCCGCCCCCGCCCCGCCUCCCUUCGGACCCCUGGGUCCCAGGCCAGGCUCCCCGCCCGAUUCGCGCCCCGCCCGCCGCAGCCCGCUGCUGUCCCGGUCCGCACUGCGGCCCCGCCGCCGCCACCAUGUCCCUGCACGGCAAACGGAAGGAGAUCUACAAGUAUGAAGCGCCCUGGACCGUCUACGCCAUGAACUGGAGCGUGCGGCCCGACAAGCGCUUCCGCCUGGCGCUGGGCAGCUUCGUGGAGGAGUACAACAACAAGGUCCAGCUUGUUGGUUUAGAUGAAGAGAGUUCGGAGUUUAUUUGCCGGAACACCUUCGACCAUCCGUACCCCACCACAAAGCUCAUGUGGAUCCCUGACACGAAAGGCGUCUAUCCAGACCUGCUGGCAACCAGUGGCGACUAUCUCCGCGUGUGGAGGGUGGGUGAAACAGAGACCAGGCUGGAAUGUUUGCUGAACAAUAACAAGAACUCGGAUUUCUGUGCUCCUCUGACCUCCUUCGACUGGAAUGAGGUGGAUCCUUAUCUUUUAGGUACCUCCAGCAUUGACACGACCUGCACCAUCUGGGGGCUGGAGACCGGGCAGGUGUUGGGGCGAGUGAAUCUUGUGUCCGGCCAUGUGAAGACCCAGCUGAUCGCCCAUGACAAAGAGGUCUAUGAUAUUGCGUUCAGCCGGGCCGGCGGUGGCAGGGACAUGUUUGCCUCUGUGGGUGCCGAUGGCUCGGUGCGGAUGUUUGACCUCCGUCAUCUAGAGCACAGCACCAUCAUUUACGAAGACCCACAGCACCACCCACUGCUUCGCCUCUGCUGGAACAAGCAGGACCCCAACUACCUGGCCACUAUGGCCAUGGACGGAAUGGAGGUAGUGAUUCUGGACGUUCGAGUUCCCUGCACGCCUGUCGCCAGGUUAAACAACCACCGAGCGUGUGUCAAUGGCAUUGCUUGGGCCCCACAUUCAUCCUGCCACAUCUGUACUGCAGCGGAUGACCAUCAGGCGCUCAUCUGGGACAUCCAGCAGAUGCCCCGGGCCAUUGAGGACCCCAUCCUGGCCUACACCGCCGAGGGGGAGAUCAACAACGUGCAGUGGGCGUCGACUCAGCCCGACUGGAUUGCCAUCUGCUACAACAACUGCCUGGAGAUACUCCGAGUGUAGUGUCGGUGGCGCCGUGCCUGUGUGGCAGGGGCUUGUGUGUUUCCCGCCUCCGUCCCACCCCCAAAGUAAGAAGAAACGUGUUUCCGGUGGCCAGUACGUCUUUCAUGGCUUUGCACCUACUGUUACCAGAAGCUGCUCUCGGAGUCCCCGGCCAGCCACCCCACCGCUCUCUGUGCCGGACUCCGUGCUGUGUGGCGCGGCCUCAGCCCAGAGCUAAGUUUUGAGAUCGUUCUCUCCUUCCCUCAUCUCUUUUGGCUCCUCAAUUAAAACUCUCUGUGUA